UGUGCACUCAAGAUGGAUCCGUUUUAAUAUUUCCAAGUGCACCUGAAGGCCGCAAGAGACGGGAGGUGGAGAGAAGCAGAGGUUGAACGACAGGGAGAAAGGAGGGGGAAAGAUAGCAAGACUCCGCUAUUGCAAACACAGUGAGCCUGUCUAUCAGAAUCUAAACUCUAUUUGCGAUUUAGCGACAGAUCAACCCAAAAUUUAAGCAUUGUCCUAUGGCUAAGAUGUGACUCCACCAGCACUUCGUCGAGUGUGUCUAAAACGACAGAAAUAUGUGCCGGUAACUAGCUAGGUUAACGUGAAGACAAAAAGGGCAUCUUUGUGUCUUUGACCGAGCAGCCCGAUCGUAAUCUUCGGAUGAGAGUUUCUGUGUAAACGUUGAUGAGCCAUCACGACAAAACCUCCUUUUGCUCAACUGAACCGAUCGGGUCCUGGUUACAAUAAAGGCAAGUGAGGGGCACCACCAAACUGUCAAAAUGAAAUUCACAGAGCAUCUCUCAGCUCACAUCACCCCGGAGUGGAGAAAACAGUACAUCCAGUAUGAGGCUUUCAAAGAGAUGCUGUAUGCUGCUCAGGACCAGGCCCCAUCUAUUGAAGUCACAGACGAGGAUACAGUCAAGAGGUACUAUGCCAAGUUUGAGGAGAAGUUCUUCCAGACAUGUGAAAAAGAACUGGCCAAGAUCAACACCUUCUACUCUGAAAAGCUUGCUGAGGCUCAGCGACGAUUCGCCACGCUGCAAAAUGAGCUGCAGUCCUCGUUGGAUGCCCAGAGAGAGAGCUCGGCUAACGGGCGGGGCCUGAGGAGGAGGAAGACGGUGUUUGCCCUGUCGCAGCAGGAACGAUGUAAACACAGAAACAUAAAGGACCUGCAGCUGGCCUUCUCCGAGUUCUACCUCAGCCUCAUACUGCUGCAGAACUAUCAGAACCUGAACUUCACAGGUUUCAGGAAGAUCCUAAAGAAGCAUGAUAAGAUUUUGGAGACGUCAAGGGGGGCUGACUGGAGGGUGGCCCAUGUUGAAGUGGCUCCAUUUUACACAUGCAAGAAAAUCACACAGCUCAUCUCUGAGACUGAGGCGUUGGUCACAACAGAGUUGGAAGGCGGUGACAGGCAGAGGGCCAUGAAGAGGCUGAGGGUACCUCCCCUGGGAGCUGCACAGCCUGCUCCUGCUUGGACCACUUUCAGAGUUGGACUUUACUGUGGAGUUUUCCUUGUCCUAAUAGUCACUGUGGUCAUUACAGGAGCUGUGGUGAUUCGUAGUGCUGAUGUUUGGCCUAUGGUCAGGAUAUACAGAGGAGGAUUCCUGUUAAUAGAAUUCCUCUUCUUGUUAGGCAUCAACACCUAUGGCUGGAGGCAGGCAGGAGUUAACCAUGUUCUCAUAUUUGAACUCAACCCCAGAAACAACCUGUCCCAUCAACAUCUGUUUGAGAUUGCUGGUCUGUUGGGGGUGCUGUGGUGCGUCAGCCUACUGUCUUGUCUCUUCAGUGACAGCAUCCUCGUACCAAUGCAGGCUAACCCUCUGGCUCUCUAUGGCUUCUUCCUCCUCUUCCUCAUCAACCCCUUCAAGACGUGCUACUAUAAGUCACGCUUCUGGCUGCUCAAACUCCUGUUUCGAGUGGUGACAGCUCCAUUUCAUCGUGUUGGCUUUGCAGACUUCUGGCUGGCUGACCAGUUGAACUCUCUGGUCGUGGUUCUGAUGGAUCUGGAGUACAUGGUCUGUUUCUACAGUUUUGAACUGGACUGGAAAAAACAUGAUGGACUCAUCAGUAGUGAAGGUAAAGAUGUGUGUAAUUCCUACUCCUACGGUGUCCGUGCGGUGAUCCAAUGUCUUCCUGCGUGGUUCCGAUUUGUCCAGUGUCUGCGACGUUACCGUGACACCAAACGGGCCUUCCCUCACUUGGUUAACGCUGGGAAAUACUCAACGUCUUUCUUUGUCGUCACCUUCGCUGCUCUCUACAGCACACACAAAGCUGAAGCCCACGCUGAUGCCCAGAUCUUCUUCUACUUGUACAUUGGCUGUUUAGUGGUCAGCUCAUGUUACACACUGGUCUGGGAUCUGAAGAUGGACUGGGGCCUGUUUGACCGCAAUGCGGGAGAGAAUAUCUUUCUGAGAGAGGAGAUAGUCUACCCACAUAAGGCCUAUUACUACAGUGCUAUAGUGGAGGAUGUGCUCUUGCGUUUUUCAUGGACUUUAACUGUCUCCCUCAGCACAAUCUCCAGGUUUCAUGGUAUCUCUGACAUACUGGCUACUGUACUCGCCCCAAUGGAGGUCUUUAGACGUUUUGUGUGGAACUUCUUCCGACUGGAGAAUGAACAUCUGAAUAACUGUGGUGAGUUCAGGGCUGUCAGAGACAUCAGUGUGGCUCCGCUCAAUGCUGAUGACCAGACCCUGCUGGAGCAGAUGAUGGACCAGGAGGACGGAGUCAGGAACCGGCAGGGCAAGAAGAGCUGGAAGAGGAGCUACAGCAUGAGUCUACGCAGGCCACGGCUCGCCUCACAGUCCAAGACCCGUGACACCAAGGUUUUGAUAGAGGACACUGAUGAUGACUCCUGACAUCAGGCCACGCCCCUCGCCUGGGUCCAGAAUUUAUUCAAAGGAGUGAACUCCACCUCCUAACCGAGGAAUUACCCAGCGAGUUGGGCGUUGAACUCUCAACCAAGGAAGCGUUUUAAACUCUCAUGUCUAUGAAAUCUGUUUUCAAUGCAUGAGCCUUUGCUUGGGUUCAGAACUAUUUCAAUGGAGAAACUUUAACAAACUUAAGAAAAAAUCCAGCAGAAAGGCCAUCAAACUCCUACUGCUACCUUCAGUAAUAACCAAGGGUGGGCUUAUCACUUAAACUCUACCUUACCCAAGCAGUGGGUGAAAAACUUCUCUUCUUGACAUCCAUAGCCACCCAGAAAUAGACUCUAGAACUACACUCACUCCUUAGCCAUUGCUUUGUUUCUCCUCGAAGCCUCAGCCUAGCAUGAAAAAAGCAGCUAAACGGAACACAAGCCGAUAACCCUGACAGGAAGUGUCCCCGCUCCCUCUCGAUGCCAGACCACUCUCAACCAGGGAGAGGCCGACAACUUUCAGCCAACUGCUGUUGAGGGCCAAAAGGUUUUCCCACCUUUAGCUAUUAGUCUCCUCCUACACUCCCAGCAUCUAGGUAACACUUAGAGAAAGGUCUUGAAUAAAUGAUGUACCAUUUGCACUUCAAGAGAUCUCAAGUCAACCUUUAAUUUGGACCUCGGAAUGAACCUGAAGCCCCUUUUUUUCCUGUAAGAGAAUAAAAAGGGUUACAAAGUU